AUGUCGUCACCUCUAGUGACCGAAGCUACGCGCAUUGCGCGCCAGUUUGACUUUUCUGCUGAGCAGAUCCAGAGUGGUGUCAAAGAGUAUAUCAGAGAGAUGUGCGAGGGGCUCACCAAGGAGCACACGACACUCAGCCAAAUUCCUACCUAUGUCACUUCUGUACCGAACGGUACUGAGAAGGGCUUGUACCUUGCUGUUGAUCUUGGAGGCACCAACUUCCGGGUCUGCUCGAUCGAUCUUCACGGAGAUACCACAUUCAACCUCACACAGUCGAAGAUCAUGAUCCCUCGCGAACUGAUGGCUUCUGGUACUUCCAAGGAUCUUUUCCUGUUCCUAGCUCGCCAGAUCGAGGCGUUUCUGCGAAUCCACCAUAACGAACACUUUGAGGCUCAUCUGAGACGCCGUCGUGAACCAAACCAUGAAGAGGAACUCUUCGACCUGGGCUUCACAUUCAGUUUCCCUGUGCGCCAGUUGGGGAUCAACAAAGGUACCCUCAUUCGCUGGACGAAGGGCUUCAACAUCCCCGAUGCAGUCGGUCACGAUGUCUGCGCACUCCUGCAAAACGCCAUUGAUGAGCUGGACCUUCCCGUUCGCGUGGCCGCUCUGGUCAACGAUACCGUGGGGACUCUGAUGGCUCGUUCCUACACCUCUCCCGGUGAUACCUCAACUUUCAUUGGCGCCAUCUUUGGCACUGGCACCAACGGUGCCUAUGUCGAGAAGCUCGACCGGAUCACCAAGCUGCGGACGAUUGAACACUCGGAUUACGAGACAUCGACCGGAGAGAUGAUCGUCAACGCCGAGUGGGGCAGCUUUGAUAACCACCUCAGUGUCUUGCCCAACACGAAAUGGGACAAGGAGUUGGAUGAGGACAGCAACAACCCGGGCAUCCAGAUGUUUGAAAAGCGUGUCUCGGGUAUGUUCUUGGGUGAGAUCCUGCGCCGGGCUCUUCUUGAUAUGCACAAGGACGAGGCCUUCGGUCUGUUCAAGCCCAAUCAAUCCUCAAAAGUUGUCACUCCGGAGAACUCGCCCCUGUACAGGCAAUGGGGCAUCGACACCAGCUUCCUCAGCUUGGUGGAGGCAGACAAGACCGAUAGGAUGGAGGAAGUCAAGGCUGCUCUGAAGGAUCACCUGAAGAUCGAGAACCCUAGCGACGCCGACUGCCAGGCCGUCAAAGUCCUGGUGCAUGCAAUUGGCAAGCGUGCUGCCCGCCUCAGCGCUGUGCCACUUGCUGCUAUCCUCAUCUCCACCGGUAAACUGGAGACGGAUGACAUGGUCGACAUCGGUGUGGAUGGAAGUCUGGUCGAGUUCUACCCUAACUUUGAGGGACACAUUCGCGAGGCUCUGCGGGAGGUCCCUGAAGUGGGUGCUGCUGGCGAGAAGAAGGUGCGUAUUGGCAUUUCCAAAGACGGCAGUGGAGUCGGUGCUGCCCUGAUUGCUCUUGUCGCCAGCAGGAAUGAAACUGGAUCUGGGUCGAAAUAG